GUCAAGGACGACAUGCUGACGAGGCUGAAAAAGAUGAAUGUGGUGCCAAGUAGUCUGCAGAGUCUGACAAAGGCGGAACCGCUCCUGCUGCCGGAGCCGACUCCUGCUGCCAAGGCCACUGGGGCCAAGAAAGCGAAGACGGCCCCCAUGUACAAGUCCUUCAAGGAGAUGUGGAAUGUGACCCAUGCUCGUUUGAGUUUGGAUCAGAGCAACCUCUACGAAAGUGGAGGGUCGGGGUUCUGGUUGUCCUUCAACCCCAGGGACAACCUUGCUGGCACCGAUGCGACCGACCAGCAGGCCAACGCUCUCUUUCCUGUGCAUCUGGGGUCGUGGUCGCAGUUGCUCCAGGCUAAAGCCCUCUUCGUGGAGAGUCCGCACUACAAGAAUCGCAUCGUCUUUCCGGUCCAGAUGGAUUGCGCUUGUAGGUCAGUGAAUGAUGUAUGCCAGAAUGCCUACCCCGAGAGCUUGAAGCUGCUUGGGAAUCACCUCAUUCUCGCUGCGUGGUGGGCCUGUGCCCACGAUGCUCUGAUUGAGAAUGACGAUGCAAGGUUGGGCAAGCUCUAUGAAGCCAUGCAGACUAUCACUGUGCGGGUCACGUUAUGGGAAUCCAACACCCAUGUGAUGAAGAUCGCACUUGAAUCUGCAGAGCGGGCAAGAGGUCUCGCGGUCGUGGCCGACAACGUGGUCCUGUUCUCUGAUAGGCUUUCAGUCAUUGUUCAGGACGUGGAGGGUGGGACGAACAAGCAGCUUGAGUACGUGAAGAACGCCAAGGUGAUGCACCAGUCGAAGCCCAUUAGCCGCAACCUCCUGGUGGGCGGCUUGGCCAUCUCAAAGAACUUGACCGCGCGGUCGCGGUCGAUUGUCUCCUACCUGGAAUCUCGCUAUGGGCGCAAACUCAUCACGGAGAGCACGACCAAGCUCUAUAGGAUGAUGAACCUUGCGAAGAAACACGCAAACGGUCCAGCUUUUGCUGUGAAGCUGGAUGUGUGUGAUGCCAUGGAGCUCCUUCUGAGCCAACUCGCGGUCGCCCUGGACUCGUCUCAGCUCCAGCCUGAUGACUGCAUCGGCAGUUUCCUCACAGGGGAAGAGGGCACUGGCGGCAAGGAGGACCAGGCCUGCUGGGCCAGAACUGCCCUGCAGGCAAUUGCGCUCGGGCAACACGCGCGAGCACUGGUGGGCCGUAUGGAGCGGUCCGUGUGCCCCUCCAGCUUCUGCAGCAUCAUCGAAACACUCACGAACCCCUUGCUUUGGAGACAAGAGCUCCUCAAGUAUCAACAGGCUUGCAGGGAUACGCAAACCCACGCAUUGCAGCAGUGCCUCUUCAGUUGUGUCGACGAGGCCAAUGGCACUGACGAGAAGGGUGCAAAGCGUCCUUUUGACGAGCUGAGCAUGGGUACUGUCGAAGGCUUGAAGAAGAUUGCGAUGAAGGAAGCCACGUUCAAGAAGAUGGAACCGCUGAUUGACUGGAGCUUUUCCUUAGCAGACGGACAAUUCAACACGAGCGUCCAGGAGCUAUGCAGCGAGGACCUGGUGGAUGUGGUGUCGAUGAUCGAAGCAAAGGAGGCUCCGGUCGCGGUCGUCAAGGAGUUAUCUGAUGCCUUGGAUGCAGCCAUGUCGACAGAGGAGGCAGUGACAGCUGACGCAUCUUUCCUUCCUCGGCUUUCGUGGCGGCAGCUGGCACGAGUCAACUCUGAUGAGCUCGGGGGUGAUGGUGAAGCCACCAGAGAUGCUGUGACCAAAGAACGCGAGGAUGGUGAAGUCUGGCAGAAAGCGGUCGCGGUCCGCAGGUCGCUUGUGAACAUUGAAGGCGUCACAUCCUGGAAGACAGAUGCAGUCAACAAUGCCCUGGAGAAGGCCCGAGCAUCCGUCUUCUCAGGCGUCGUGAACGAGAAGCACGUUGGCAUCUUCUUGUCCGCGGACCUGUGCCUGGAGGUCAAAGGGGGCUGGGGCAGUACCCCUGUGGGCACUCAAGCACAGAUGGACUUCUUCAAGCUGCGUGUGACGAUUGCCCUUGAACUCAUGGCAAAGAUUCCCGGGUCCAUGUGCUUCUUCUUUGACGGUCGUAGCAAGGAUGCCAGACGUGCGUGUCCAGGCAUAUCAUAG